AUGUCUGCUUGUCGUACACCCGGUCGAACAUUCGCCAUCGCGGCGGUCGCUAUCCUCGUCCUCCUCUUCCCACACGACCCCUCCCUCCCCCUCUCCUCGACCCCGCUCACCGCGCAAGCAGCCAGCAGCAAGCCAUGGAUGGGCGUGAACCUCGGCGUGGGGCUCUCCUCGAACCCCGUGUCGCUCACGCGGGCCGUUUCCAUCAUCAAGCAGCGCGGCUUCAGUGCCGUCAAGCUCUUCCAGCCGGAUCCGACGGCGCUGAAUGCGCUGGCUGGGUCGGGCCUGCAGGUUAUGACGUGCGUGCCCAACGAGCGGCUCGGGGAUUUCGCGAAGAGCGACUCGGCGACGCUCGCGUGGCUGGACGCGAAUAUAAUGCCCUUCAUGGCGAAGACUAAUAUACUCGCUAUUGCGGUGGGGAACGAGGUGAUUUCCCCUGGCAACCCAUUCCUCCGUUCAGUUGUCCCCGCUAUGGAGUCACUCUACAAGGCACUCACGGCUCGCAAGCUACAACAGAGAGUGAAGGUGGUCACGCCGCAGCACAUGAACUUUCUGCAGAACGCGUACCCGCCGUCGAGCACGCAAGUGGUGCCGAGCGUGAAAGACGAGGUCACCAGGCUGCUAUCCUUCCUCAAACGAACUGGCUCGUACGCCGUGCUGAACGUGUACCCGUUCUUCACACACCUCGCCGAGCCAACCAAGAUUCCGCGCGACUUUGUGUUCUUCAAGGGCGGCGCGGGGAGCUUUGACGACAAGGGGCAGCGGUACAGCAACCUGAUGGAGGCCACGAUUGACGGUGCUCUCUGGUCCUUCGAGAAGCUCGGCUUCCCCAACAUGCCCUUCAUCGUGGGCGAGACAGGGUGGCCAACGGCAGGAACAGCCAUCGCCUCACCCGCAGCAGCCAAGGAGUGGAACACGGCGCUGGUCUCGUUCCUGCUGUCCGGGCGCGGCACGCCCAAGCGACGCAACUCACCCAUCCGCGCGUACCUCUUUGAGAUGUUUGACGAGGACCGCAAAAGCACGGCCAUGGGCAAGUUUGAGACCUCGUUUGGGCUGUGCACCAUGCAGGGCGAGGCCAAGUACCCUCUCAACGUGGUCGGCGGUGCUGCCAGUGGCGGUAAUGGCAUCAGCGGUGGCGGCAGCAGUGGUGGUAGCAACAAGAAUCGUGGGGGUAGCAGCAGUGGUGGUGGUGGCGGCAGUGGUAGUGGUGGCGCCUCCCUCAAAUGCCGGCCCGCCGUUCGCUGCCAGGCGCAGCCAACGCCAGUCGCUUCAGCGGCGGCGGCGCCGGCAGCAGUUGCGGCGCUUCCGUUCCGCGUGGGGCAUGGAUUUGACCUGCACCGGCUGGAGCCUAACCUUCCCCUUAUCAUCGGCGGGGUAAACAUUCCGCACGACCGCGGGUGUGACGCGCACUCCGACGGCGAUGUGCUGCUGCACUGUGUGGUGGACGCGGUGCUGGGAGCGCUGGGGCUGCCAGACAUCGGCCAGCUCUUCCCGGACAACGACCCCAAGUGGAAGGGCGCUGCCUCCCACCUCUUUCUCGAGGAGGCGGUGCGGCGCAUGCAUGAGGCAGGGUAUACGGUGGGCAACCUGGACGCCACUGUCAUCCUGCAGCGACCCAAACUCAGCCCACACAAGCCCACGAUCAAGGCCAACCUCGCCGCCUUACUCCAGGCACCAGAAGAGGUCAUCAAUGUGAAGGCCAAGACACACGAGAAGGUGGACAGUCUUGGCGAGAAUAGAAGUGUUGGUUGCCACUGUGUUGUGCUUUUGAUGCGCAAGGAAUGA